AUCGGCGAGCACGAUCGUUUACAAAGGGAUUGAGAACUGCAAAUGAGGACUUGAGUCGGCGGAUUUCAAUGCGACAGCAAGAGGGACACCUUAUCGAUCGCCAAUGCCGUUCCCAGCCUCAGCUUAAGAUCAUUCAACAUUCCCACGACAUAUCACAGCCACCUUCCUCGAAUUGAGAGUCGCUCGAGUACCUUCCUGGCCGCGUCUUGAGGGCGCCGGCAUCACGAUCGUUUUGAAACGAGAGAAACAGCAGACAAGAUGCUUCGACCAGCGACGCCUCUGACGGUGCUGCUUUUCGCAGCAUUCGCCCUUCUCCUUAUAUCGGUGCUAUCGACGCCAAUCAUAAAACAAAUACCUUUGGCUUCAUUUGGAGGAGUGGACUUCGGUGUAUUUGGUUUCUGUCAGGGCAGCAAAUGUAGCAAUAUCGAGAUUGGAUACAAUACUGCCAAUCUAUUCACGGAUACACAAUCUGCGACUUUCGAUCUUCCCUCGAGUACCAGAACGACGCUUUCAGCGAUCCUAAUUGUCCACCCCAUUGCAGCCUUCUUCACUCUUAUCAUGCUCAUCCUCUCGGCUGUGGCACACUUCCACUCUCCCUCGCACUCUCCGCGAUACCUGCUUGGAAUAUUUAUCCUCAGUAUCCUCACGCUGAUCGUCUCACUCCUCGCCUUCCUUAUCGAUGUCUUACUAUUCGUACCGCACAUGGCCUGGGGGUCGUACAUUGUUCUGGCGGCCACCAUACUAAUCGCUGCUAGUGGGAUUGUCUCUUGCGCAAUGCGCAGAACACUAGUCAGCCGAAAGGCUCGAAAGCGACGUAUUGCUGAGAAUGCAGAGAUGAAUGGCGAGAAUUUCUAUGCUAGGCAGGGACCAGAUCCAGUUCCAUUGAUGACAACUGCAAGCAAUACUUUAGUAAACGGCGGCCCUGGUGUGGACAAGCUUCCCACAUUUGCGACCUUCGAGUCAAUAAAGAAGGAUCCGGAUGAGAGAUCUAGUGAGGAGAGAAUACCUCUGACUAACAGAACUCCUACUGAGACAUCUCCCAUCAAUGGACCAGGCUCAGGUAUGCCAGAUAGAUAUGGAGUACAACCUAGGAUGGGUGGGAACAGUCCACCCCGCGACCAAUUUGGCAAUCCUAUGCCACGCCCACCUCCUGGAUCUUACGGCAUGCGCAGCCGUGAGCCUUCGGUCGAGCCAGCAUUGAAUCGUCAGUACUCGGAAGGAUCAAGUAGAGGGAGAGGAAUGCCACCAGGAGGUUACAGAGGCAGGGGAGGCUAUCCUCCCAAUGGACGUGGCGGUUAUGGACCGCCAAGGGGAGGUUAUGGCCCAAGAGGUGGUUAUGGACCUCCUCCUAGAGGAGGCUACGGAGGCCCCUAUCGAGGUGGAAUGAAUGACGCUAUGAUGGCUGGUGCUGGAGGUAUGGCUGCAGGAGCAAUGAUGAGAGGAGGAAGACCGCCGCCUCCUGGAUAUGGAGCCCCGCCAAACGGUCGUGGCUACGACAAUAGAGGGAUGUCACCUGCCUCGUAUGGGCGACGUCCAUCAGAGCCGCAACAGUCUGGCUACAUCGAUGGCGCCUAUGCAGCACCUCCUGCACCCCCUGCAGAGUACACUCCAUACAAUCCUGAAGAUCCUUCCAGAGAUAGUUUACCACGUGCCGAGUCUCCUCCGCCUUUGCCUGGAAUGGAACAUGAGGGAGCUGUUGGUCAAGCUGUAGAAAUGGAUGCUACCACGGGAAGCCCUUCACGUACUCCCGCAGGAUUUGGCCAAUUUGGAAAUCUUAGAGAAAGUGAUGGUGAUGUAGCUGGGAUGGUUGGACUACAACAAAGGUUACAAAGACAGACAGUUGAUAGUGACGGUAGCAGAUACAGCUCAGACCAACCCUAUGUACCUCCACGACAGCAAUGGACUGAAGGCGGACGGUCGUCUCCACUGAAUCCUGCCACCCAGGCUGUAGAGUUACCAAGCCCAACAACUGCUGCUCAUAAGCGUGGUAGCUCAGCUGGUGAUAAUUACUACGAAGAUGUUGACCCUCGUUUUGCCGAGCCUCCAACAUCUGCUUCAGUACCCCAAGCCUUAGCUCCUGGAUAUCAACAGAACAACAAUUCAAACCAAAACCUACGGCCCAACCAACCUAUGGGCCUUGAUGGCAGUUCGUCCUAUGAAGAUCUCCAAUCAGGAGCGAGAAGUCCUGCUGAGUCUGACCGAUCAAAUUUCACUUCAGUCUCACAACGAGGCGUCAAUCCUAGGUGGAAUGGUGGUGGAUAUGGCGCUGCACCAAUGCCGAGGCGCCCCGUCCCACGGCAAGACGACAUACUGUUGAACUCGAAUCCCGACUUCAUGUUACCGAGUAAUCGAGGUUUCGCCAGAGGAGGUUCACGAGGUACCAGUCCGAUGCCAGGCAUAGUUCCAAAUAGUGCAUAUCCAGGACCGAGCAGCGGUCUCUGAUCUAUUCUCUACCUUUCAAAUACUCUCGGACGACGAAACUUUUCAACCUUCGACCAUUUUCCCUCAAUACGGCUGUCAAAAUACCCCUUUCACGACAGCACUGUAUGUUUUCCCUCGACCACUCGUA